AGGGCGGGGAGGUGGGCAAGAUGGCGCCUGCCGAGUGAUUCUCCUCGGAUCCCUCUUGCUGGCGCGGAGACACCGGGGCGGGGGUCCUGCCGCCGCUACCUCCCUUCCUCCUCUCCCCCGCCCCCGGAGCCUUCCUCCUUCCCUUCCCCCCUCCACCUCGGGGGGCGGGCCUGGUUCCCGGGACACCAUGUCGGACUCUGAGGAGGAGAGCCAGGACCGGCAACUGAAAAUCGUCGUGCUGGGGGACGGCGCCUCCGGGAAGACCUCCUUAGCUACGUGUUUUGCUCAAGAAACUUUUGGGAAACGGUACAAACAAACUAUAGGACUGGAUUUCUUUUUGAGAAGGAUAACAUUGCCAGGAAACUUGAAUGUUACUCUUCAAAUUUGGGAUAUAGGAGGGCAGACAAUAGGAGGCAAAAUGUUGGAUAAAUAUAUCUAUGGAGCACAGGGAGUCCUCUUGGUAUAUGAUAUUACAAAUUAUCAAAGCUUUGAGAAUUUAGAAGAUUGGUAUACUGUGGUGAAGAAAGUGAGCGAGGAGUCAGAAACUCAGCCACUGGUUGCCUUGGUAGGCAAUAAAAUUGAUUUGGAGCAUAUGAGAACAAUAAAACCUGAAAAACACUUACGGUUUUGCCAGGAAAAUGGUUUUAGUAGCCACUUUGUCUCAGCCAAGACAGGAGACUCUGUCUUCCUGUGCUUUCAGAAAGUUGCUGCUGAAAUCCUUGGGAUCAAAUUAAACAAAGCAGAAAUAGAACAGUCACAGAGGGUGGUGAAGGCAGAUAUUGUAAACUACAACCAGGAACCUAUGUCAAGAACUGUUAACCCUCCUAGAAGCUCUAUGUGUGCAGUUCAGUGAGCGCAUUUUUCUUUUGUGUUGAUAGUUCUGGCUGCCCUUCACCUCUGGGUGGGCCUGAGGACUUCUAGGAACUUGUUUUAUCAGUGACCAUCUCUGUAGUUCAGUUAACACUUUCCUCCCAACUUGCUUCAUCAUUGCUGUUGCCUCACAGUGGCAGGCAGCUCCUUGGAUUUGAAAGAAUUCAACUUUGGGACCACACACUUUGAAUUCAAAAUGGAAAACCCAUUCCCUGGACUUAGACUGCUUCGUUGCAAAAGAAUGAUGUUGCUUCUUUGUAUGUCCUUGCUUCUUUUUUCAGUGAUGUAAAUUUUUUUAACUUAAUAUGAAAACUAUCCAAGUCUUGAUCAUCAGCCAGGAUUUUGCCACAGCAAUUUCAUUCUCUUACCGGAACCUGUAUGUGUCAAAGUAUACUUCAGAAUGCAAACAUUAAGCAAGUAAUAUAUUUUACCUACAGAUACUUAUGAAGACAUUCUUUAGCUAUCUAUUGUGACUAAAAGUAUAUAAAGCUAUAUCUAACUGAAAAUGCUUGAAAUAAGGCUGUAAUAGAAAUAUUUUUUCAUUUUUUAAAAAAGAGCCUAAAUUGUUUAUAUUGUAGUUUGUAACUCACAAAGUAGUGAGUGUUUGAUAUUGUAUUUUUAUUACUGUAUCAUUGUCAUUAUGUAUUGUGUAAUACUCAGGUUUGAAGGCUUUCUGAAUUUUGAUAAAUGUUCAGCUGAUGCUCCACAUGGAAUUUCUCUUGCAAACUGCAUAAGAGUACUCCCGCAAAUGAGUUACGACAUUGUGGAUCAGACUGUACCUGAUGUUCAGAUGUUUUUCUUUCAUGAAUAAAUUUAUUUAAAUUA